AUCGACUGCACCGUUUACUUCCUGGAUACGCUUACAGAAAAACAGAUUGGAACUGUCAGCGAGUUGUUAGCGAGUUUUCUGGAAAAUAACUAAAGUGGAAAAUAAAUAUUUUGCCUUUGAAGACGGCCUAUAGUCAAGAUCUUACCGAUGAUAACCUGAAACCACAGCGUUGAGCGCAAGUGUCGCUGACAGAACGCCACGUCAUUGGUCACAGAAGAAACCCGGAAUUAAGCCAAAACAAGCUUUGGGCCUCAAUACUUCCUCAUUGUAGUUUUAUAUUGUGUUUCCUUUCCUUUCACUUACUGAAAGGCAGGGAAACCUAAAGCUGGUGAAAAUGACGGCGUCAAACUGGGGUCUCAUCAUGAACGUGGUGAACAGCAUCGUGGGGGUGAGCGUGCUCACCAUGCCCUUCUGCUUCAAACAGUGUGGAAUAGUGCUGGGCACCCUCCUUUUGUUUUUUUGCUCAUGGAUGACCCACCAGUCCUGCAUGUUCUUGGUUCACACAGCCAGCAACACAAAGAGAAGAACAUAUGCUGGAUUAGCAUUCCAUGCCUAUGGGAAACCAGGAAAGGCCUUAGUGGAAACAAGUAUGAUCGGUUUGAUGUUGGGAACCUGCAUAGCCUUCUACGUUGUCAUAGCAGAUUUAGGCUCAAAUUUCUUUGCACAGCUAUUGGGUUUACAGGUGACUUUCAGCUUCCGUGUGGUGCUGCUCAUUGCUGUGUCCCUGUUCAUAGUGUUGCCUCUGAGCCUGCAGAGGAACAUGAUGUCCUCCAUUCAGUCCUUCUCUGCCAUGGCCCUCAUCUUCUACACCCUCUUCAUGUUCACGAUAGUGUUGUCGUCUCUGCGCUACGGCUUAGUCUCGGGCUCGUGGGUGGAACGGGUUCACCUGUGGCGCUUCAGGGGUGUCAUUCAGUGCCUGCCCAUUAUCGCCACGACCUUCUGCUGUCAUCCAUGGUGCUGUCCUCAUUCAAACAUGAGUUGCUCAGCGGCUGGUGGCUGGGGCGGGUCAAUGUGGUGCGCUGGGAGGGUGUGUUUCGCUGUAUCCCCAUCUGUGGGAUGGCCUUCGCCUGUCAGUCGCAAGUGCUACCCACCUAUGACAGCCUGGACGAGCCCUCGGUCAAACGCAUGAGCACCAUCUUCACCUCGUCCCUUAAAGUGGUCACCAUCUUCUACAUCACUGUGGGCUUCUUUGGCUAUGUUAGUUUCACAGACUCCAUUGCAGGAAAUGUUCUGAUGAAUUUCCCGUCCAACCUGGUGACUGAGAUGAUCCGAGUGGGUUUCAUGAUGUCUGUGGCUGUUGGCUUUCCCAUGAUGAUUUUGCCUUGUCGUCAAGCCAUCAACACCAUGGUCUUUGAGCAGCAGCAGAAAGAUGGGACGUUUGCUGCAGGGGGAUACAUGCCUCCACUGCGCUUUAAAAUGAUCACUCUGUGCAUAGUGUUCGGGACCAUGCUGGGAGGCAUCCUCAUCCCUAAUGUGGAAACCAUUCUGGGUCUGACUGGAGCCACUAUGGGCAGCCUCAUCUGUUUCAUUUGCCCAGCUCUCAUCUACAGAAAAAUCCAAAAGAAUGGCAUUGUAGCACAGCUGGUACUUCUGGUGGGUCUGUGCAUCCUGCUAAUCAGCACAAUCACCACACUGUCCAUCUCCUCCAGCAGCUCUAGCAUCAAAGUCCAGGUUCACCCUCCUCCUCCUGCACCGGGCCGAAACAACCCACCGCUCCCAGACCUCCCUGUUCUGCCUGACAAUGUCCCAAAUAAGAAGCCAGUGGAGAUGGAGAAACCUGAGAUACCUGUUGCUGUAGACAGGGACCAGGCUGAGCCCCCACAGAUUAAAGGACCAGUGGACCUGCCAGAGAGAAAAAAGGAUGAAGAGGUGCAGCUAGACCGCCCAGAAGCUGUGGGUGCUGUUGUUGUACCAGAGUCAGAAGCCCAUCGCCAUGAGCCUCCCAAUCCUCAUGAUGCGGUCCUAGUGGACAUCAGAAAGAACCCAGAGGAGCUCCAAGAAGAGAAGGAACAGCAACCGGGAGAUGAAUCUCAAAAUCAACCAAAGCCAGCAGUGGAAAUCAAGGACAAAAAGGAGGAGAAAGAGAAGGAGGAAAAACCUGCAGAAGUCAUGGUGAAAAAAGAGGAUUUGGGUGGAGGAGAGAAACAUUCAAAUGAGAUCCUGGAAAAGCCUGAUGGAGAUCUAAAGCGAGAUGUUCCACAACUUAAGGAAGAUGUGAAGCAAGAUACAGUUGUAGAGGCUGUUGUAGAAAAAGCAAAUAUAGCCAACCCAGCGCAAGUGGCACAAGUGGAUAAAGCAGAAACUGUGGUGAAAACACAAGGCUCUGAAGGAGACCCACCUGCCAUUGCUGUUGCCCAGGGAGCUGACAGUAAAGAUACAGCUGAUGAAAAAAUGGAUGUGAUAAAAAAGCUGGUUGCAGAGGGCCAGCUGGACCACGCCGUGCUAUUGCAAGUGAUUAAAGAGCAGCAGGUGCAGCAGAAGAGGCUUUUGGACCAGCAGGAAAAACUGUUAGCAGUUAUAGAAGAACAGCACAAAGAAAUCCACCAGAAACAGCCAGCAGUUCCUGAAAGUGAUGCUGAAAAAAACAUCCAGGAUCAUGCAGCAGUUGAAGGAGGAGCAAUGAAAGCCAAAGAGCCAGAGCCUGACUUGAAGCAGUCUCCAGAGGCAGUAGUAGAAGGAGGAGGUCAGGCUGGUGACGCCCAGGUAGUUGCUCAAAACCAGGUCCUACCUGGAGGUAACAGUGUGGACGAUGGGGCCAAAGCUGUCCCUGUACCAUACAAAGAGGACAUUAAACGUCCAGAAGAUGGGCUUGGGGCACGGGGGGUACCACUAGGAAAGAAGAAAGCCGAGGAUGCUCAGCCUGUUGUCCAAAAUGAACAGCCAGCCCAAGUUAAAGACCAUGAAAAAGAACUAGCACCAAAAAAGAGUCUGGAGAGAUUGGAACUUCAGCAGCGUGAGAAAGAGCUAAAGGAAGACUUGGAAAAGAAAGAGCAAGAGAGAAUACAGAAGGAAGUAGAGGCGAGGGUCGAACAGGAACGCCUAGAAAGAGAAAAGAAAGAAAAAGAACGGGAGGCAGAGAAAGCUCUGCAGGCCCGAUUAGUGAAAGAGCGUCAGGAGGCAGAGCUGGCAAAGCAGAAGGCUGAGCAGAGGGCUGAGCAGGACAGGAUAGAAAAAGAAGUUGCUGCAAGAGUAGAGAAAGAACGACUAGAGAGGGAGCGUAAAGAGAAGCUAGCCAAAGAACAGAAGCUGGAGAGAGAGAGGGAAAAACAGGAGAAAGCAUCUGAAGAGGCACUCAAAAGAGAAGUCCAAAAAGCGCAGAAUGAACCUGACAGGGUAAGGAACGGGCUGGACAUCGCACGAGAGGGGGAGGGAGCUGCAGAAUCCAAAAACGGUGCACCGGGGAACAACGGUGCAGAUGGAGAGGCUUUGAAGAAGGGAGGACGAGACCUCAAAGAGAACCAGGCCGACCCCCAGGACUCACACGAGAAAGCCAGGGACCAGGGAGAAACUGAUCUGAGGAGGAGACGCAGGGCACUGAGGGCCAAAGACGAGCAAGUGCCCAGAGAGGAGACAGGAAUGUCCAUGGGGGGCCACGGGCUGGAGCCCCUGCUGGAGCUCGGGGGUUCGGACCUGCAUGUGGCCUUGGAGCAGCAGUUACUGGCUGGAGCAGUGGUGCACUCGCGACAGAUUAAGCAAACCCCAGAAGUAGAAGACCUCAAAUAAAAGACAUGCUAAUAUUGUGGAGUAGACAAAAUAUGCCUUACGUCAGCUUUUACAGAAAAAAGUGCAAAUUCAAUGGUCCAUAACUGUGAGUCUUUAUUAAUGAUUGAAGAGUGUAAAUAGUAACUUAUUUUUGUCAAGUCAUGGGGACCAUGGGGUAUGUUACUGUUGAAAUGUGUAUAAAGUCUGUGCGUUUACCAUUAUUGUGUUGUUGGAACCAGAAGAGUAUAACUGAGUCACUUUUACAUGUCGCUUGUGCAAUCAGAUUUUGUUUUGCCUGCAUACAUUUUUUUCUUCUGUUUUUACAUCAGGUCAAUUUAAAGGUUUUACCAUGUUAUGUAAAUAUGUACUUAUGUUGGUUUCUGUUAAGUGGAGGAUUUUGAGGCUACUUUUGGCUCUUGUUCUAUCAUUCAUCAUCUGCUUAUUUGCGUCAGACUCCAGUGAGCAUUUACAGUGGUUCAAGGUUGGUGCCAUGAGGUCUAGAAUAGUGUUGUAAGUGUCCAGGUUGUUCUUCUUCAUUCCAUUUGUCAGUGCCUUAUAAUUGUGACAUGACGCACAAGUGUGUUUAUCGACCAACUGUUGUAAUAAUAGACCAUCUACCACAGUGAAAUUAUUUAUGUGGAGAUAAAAAAGUGGGUUACUGUAUACAUGGUUAAUUACAAAAUGCUUUGGAUCUUUGCUUUAUACAAGAAGCUAUUUUCCUACUAUUUUUGUAUUAUGGUCAGCCUCCUUGCUGAUAUAAUAAAAUAUAUCUGAUAAA